AUGCGCGUUUCCAACAUGCGCUUGCCUAACAGCUUGCGCAACUUGAGCGUGCGCCUCUCGAGCAUUCGCAUUCCCCAUCCUCACCCACGGCGCAUCAUCCUCUACGUGACGACAACAGCCCUCCUCGUCGUCAUGAUCCUCACCUUCACCAUGAGCGACAGGCUAUUUGGCAAUGGGCGUUCCGGCUACGAUCCUCUCCUCUCUCGAACCAACGAUUACCGCCUCCUCACGAGUACACGGAAUAACUUGGGUUUCUACAACUCUAUAAAUGUCAAGAAGACGGGCCAGAAGAUUAUGAAUCCUACCCUUCUUGAACUGCCAAAAGGCAGCAAGCACGACUUCCUCGUCAUUGCGCGCGCUCCCCACGUCGAUCAAGAUAUCAAGGGCAAGAAAUACAGACGAGCGCAGCAAGUCGCCACCUUCGUUAGCCUAACAUGGGAUGCAUUCGGCCGGCCGGAGCUCACUGCGGACAACGAUUGGCAUAAGAUGCUCGUAGAGGACUUUACAGAAGCUCAAGGUCCCGAGCACCACUGCAAGAAUCAGCCCGACAUGGAUAAAUACAUUGGUCCUGAGGAUAUGAAGCUCUUUUGGAGGAAGAAUGGCACUCCUAUGCUCAUCUUCACCCACCAGGUUGAUGACGAGAACCUCUGCGAGGGCAUGUACAUUGUCGAUGCACGUGCAGCUGUACCGGAGCUUGUCAAGCAGAUGGGCAAGCACGCGAAAGAACUCCCUGCCAUCGAAUUCGACAAGCCCGUCCUCCUCCGUCGCCAGCCCCCCGAGGGCCAAGAAUCCGACGCCCGGUACCAACGCGAGAAGAACUGGGCUCCUGUCUACAAUCCCUUCAGCGCAGAUGAUGACGAGAUGAUGUUCAUGGUAGAGCCUAGCCAGCUGUUCCGCUUCAACUCGACCGACGAGCCCGUCCAGAACAUGGAAGCUGAGCCCGAAUCCGCCGUAGACGAACCGUUCCCUCCCGACAACGAGAAGAAGACAUGGCACUCUGCCGAAAAGAACUGCAUGAACGACGUCAUGCUCACCGACAAGCGCGUGCAUCAGUCGACGCCCAUGCUCAGCCUCACGCUCUGCAAUCGCGGUACUUGCGAGCCGAUGGAGAACAACACGGUCAUUAUGGGCAUGGUGCAGAUGCGCUACGAUCCUCCUCAAUAUACAAACACGUGGUACGACCACCGAAUAGUUGUCUAUUCACCCGUCGCGCCAUACCACAUGAUGAGCGUCAGCAAGAAGCUCACCUACCAUGGUGAGACCAACAGCAGAUACAUUUGGACAGGAAGCAUGGUUUAUCACGGUGAUCAACCGACGCAGAGGAGCCACGGGUACUUGGACGACGAGAUCUGGCUGAGCUUUGGCAUUGGCGACUCGUCGCCUGGAUGGUUGGACAUCAAGGCAGAGGAGUUGGUGCUGGACCACUAUUUCUGCCAAGGGGCGACACCGGGGUAUCGGAGCAGCAUCAAAAAGCACGCGCAAUGA